UGGAUUGCUCUUUUCAUUUUUGGCCUGCAGAGAAAAUUAUGAGCGCUCACCCACUGUGUUUUCCCAACUUUGGGGAGGUAAAAAUCAAUGCAUUGAAGGUUAAGCGGAAAAGAUGCUUCUAUCACAUAUUGGAUUCUAUGCUUGUUAAAAGUGCUUUUAAAGGUGCCAAGAAAUGUUGGUUUGUUUUUGUUGAUGCUUUUAGCUUAAAGCAUGCUAACCAAUUCCCCAUUGAUCGUGCCGUAAGCAACCAACUAGCCGUAGUUUGUUUCACGAAAACUCCCACGGGUGAUUUGUAUACAUCAUCCCCGGGGAUUGGCAACCCUGAAUUUGCUUCAGGUAACACGGGUAAAGACGUUUUAAACGAUGUGGAGAUGACGAGUUUGAGAGUUGGUGGGGACCCUUUGAAUACUUCAAUUCUUGUUAACAAUGUGAGGUCAGAUUUGGGGGAAAUCCAAGGAACACAUGUUGAAUACUGCAAUGACAAAUCGAGGAAUGGGAAUGGCGAUGUGGACUUGAAUGACCCGUUGGUGGAAGCGGAACACUCGAAAUUCAGAUUGUUGCAAAGAAAAAGCGGAAGAGAGAAAGUAAAGGAGACGAAAAUCUUUUAGAAGGAAACUAUACCUUGCUAUCUAAUGUUAUUGAAGACACUUCGAAGCCAAAGGAUAAAAUUCUUCAAAAUUCUCUAGAGUACAAGCUGAAAACUGCUACCACUACUUCAGAUUGUUUAUUUACUGAACCUCCGGCAGAUGUCCACAUGGUAGCUGGUUCAGGCAGUGGCAACAAGAGAAGUAAAAAGGAGAAGAAUUCCGAUAUGGCAUCUGUUGCAGCGAUAGUUUCUGAAAUAAACAUGCAGUGUGCAAAUCCUUUGGAAACUUUCGAAGUCCCUCAGAAGCAAAAGAGCGCCAUGAAUCAGUCCGAGAGGUGGUGGGAAAGGACAAAUUACCAUCUUCAUCAGUUGGUAAAUUUAUUUUCUUGUACCCAUAUAUGAUGCUGAUAUAGCUUGCCUGGUUCUUUCACCAUACUCUUCUUCUAAUCGGACGAUUUACUUGGUUAAUGGACAAAAUACUUUAUCUUCCUUACUUUGGUACUGAUAUUUUGCACUUCAGAUUCCUUUUUUAGGGAACCUCGGGAAGAUGACCAUUUGAUCAGAUUUUGCCAGAUCCCUUCGCUCGUGGCAACGAAAAUGACAUCCAUCAGGAGAUCUUCCUUCUUCAUUCCAUCGCCAGAGACGUACAGCACAGCAAGCUCACGGGCAAUUGGUUGCGAUCAAAUUUGCGUGCCAUAUUGGACACACUCAUUGCAAUGGUGCCUAAUGUGAGCGCUCCUGGAUGCAGUAGUGGAUUGGUCUCUAUUUUGGUAUUUUUCCGGGAUGCGAAAGCGAGGCCUGGAGAAGCUGCAGAAGAAGAAUAAGCAAUGACAAGCCAUUGAAAAAUGGAUUAAUAAAUGUUUUCCUUUUCUCUUUCUCCUUUUUUUUUUUUUUCCUGAGUUGAAUGGUAUGAUUAUGAAGUCAGGGUUAAUUAAUUUUCCUAAUGAUCUGUAAGCUGUAUUAUGGUUGGUAUUUAUAGAAUAUUAUGUAGCGAUAAAA